AUGUCUCUCGGGUUCAGACGCGAGGCUUUUGCAGAGGAGCAAUUACAAAGGCUGGAACCAUUCAUUGGCGAUGUCUUCUCCCGGUCAUACUUUGCGGCUACAUACCGAAUGUAUUUCCCCUUCUUCGCUAGCGAGGCCAAGUGUGGGCGAGAAGGACUUGACGUCGCCGACCGACAGAAUGCCCAUAACAUGGCAAUUGCGGUAACAGCCGUCGUGGAGCUUUUCAAGGCAGUGGGGCGCGAAAAAGAACUCGAUGGCGAGAUCCUUGUCUUUUCAGUCUCUCACGAUAAUGAAUCGGUCAGGAUUUAUGGGUGGUAUCCGGCCGUCAGUGUAUCCAAAACCACAAUCCAUCGGCACACGAUUCGCAAGUUUAACUUUACCGAGCUCGACGGCCGAGAUACGUGGGCAACAGACACGUUUACCAAGAAUGUCUAUCGGGUGUACAUGCCCGGCUUUCUGGACCUGGUUCAAUCUGCUGUAGAUCAAUUGCCGCAUGACCUACUCUGCGGUAUUCGAAGUGAUCUCGGUGGUUCAGAGAAUUCUGGAUUGUCACAGCGACUGGAAAGCCAGUCCAUCUCCGCAGCCAAUGGUUUGGGCCAAAUGACGCCGGAUAGUUUUGGGCAGCUCUUAUCGAAGAGACAAAAACCCGCCGGAGACUCAGCAACGGACGUAUCAUAA